UGCAUAUGACUGCAGAGGCAAAUAAACUCCUCUGGUUCAAACUUCAAUAACAAAUGCAGUUUUUAGGUACAGCUCCACGAUCAACAUGCAUUUAGUUCUGUCUGCAGCUGACGACUGAGUAGGCCUACAGUGACGGGACAAACAGGUCGUAGGUUUCUUAUGCCUGCAAGCAUGGAUCUUUACGAUGUAUGGAACCACAUCAACGUCCGCACAGCCCUUCUUGGUGUGACUCUCUUCAUGAUCCUCUUCUGGGUCUUCAGACGGCCUAGGAACCUCCCUCCCGGCCCUAGGGGAUGGCCGCUGCUGGGCUACCUACCGCAACUAGCCAUGAUUAAAGGGCCUAUCCACGAGGCAUUGGGAGAGCUGUCCCAAAGAUACGGAAGUCUGGUGAGCUUUUCAGUGGCCAAUCACCUCGUCGUACUCCUGCAAGAUUAUGACGUCAUGAAAGAAGCAUUUGCCCAGCAUGAGUUGAGUGGACGGCCGACAUUGGAGCUCAGUCAGUUGACUCUGCCUGGCUACGGCGUCGUCACAGCGUGUGGUGAGCCUUGGGUUGAGCUCCGUCGGUUCUCAAUCACAACCCUACGAGGCCUCGGAGUGGGCAAGUCAAGCUUCGAGGAACACAUCACCACGGAGACCAAGUGUCUGAUGGAGGAAAUCCGCAAAACCAAAGGGGAGAUUCUCAACCCAAGACACUUCGUACAGAACGCUGUGUCUAAUGUCAUCUGCUCUGUGGUCUUUGGAAGGCGGUUCGAGUACACGGAUACGCAAUUCAAAAGGCUCUUGGAGGCGCUUAAUAAUAUAUUUGAACUCAUUGGGGCAGGUGGAGUGAUCCAGUUCGUACCAAUAUUUGCCAAGAUGCAGUUCCUACCCUUCGUGAAGAAGAUCAUCCACACCAAUCUCAGCUUCGACGAGAUUCUCUACCAGCUGUUGUUCAGAAGGAACGUGCAACAAGGAGAGGUGGAAUACAACGAGAACCCGCGAGAUUUCGCGGGAGCGUUCAUGAAGGCGAUGGAUGACAAGGAGGAGCAAGGUGUCCACACGUAUCUGACCCCAGCGAGUAUGCAAUACACGCUUGGAGACCUGUUUGGGGCCGGAACGGAGACUACUUCGACAACACUCCUCUGGGCUUUGCAUUUUAUGGUCGGAUACCCUGAAAUCCAGACCCGGGUACAGAAGGAUAUAGACAGAGUUGUUGGACGUAAUAGGCUACCCAGGCUGUCUGACAAACCCGAGCUACCCUACGUGGAAGCGGUCAUAAGCGAGGUUCAACGCUUGGGGAACACUGUGCCUCUGGGAGUACCUCAUAAAUGCAUCGAAGACACAACUCUGCGAGGGUAUCAUAUCCCAAAGGGUGCCACCAUCGUGGCCAACUUGUGGAGCGUUCACAGUGACCCGUCCGAGUGGCCCAAUCCGAGCGAGUUCAGACCGGACCGAUUCCUGGACGAAGAUGGCAAGUUUGUUCGGCGGGAAAAGCUCAUCCCGUUUGGAAUAGGUAGGCGUGUGUGUCUGGGGGAACAGCUUGCACGGAUGAAACUCUACAUCAUCUUCUCCUGCCUCCUGCAUCAGUUCACCUUCCAGACACCAGAGGGCGCCGCACCUCUAGGCUUCAAGGCGUGUCAAGGAAUUACGCUUGCUCCCGCGCCGUUUGAAAUCUGCGCGAAUCCGCGAGAUAAUUAGCCGUGUUUGUAGCUCGUAAAAGGGUCUCUCUUCGUAUUUCGCGUAUAAUUAUGUGUCAUAACAGUGUGAUAUAAUUCAUAAGGUCGAAUUUUGCGUCGGGGUAAUGUAUAUAAAGUGUGAUAUAAAGGUAAAUAAGGUAAACCUAUCAAGAAAGGUAAACCUAUCAAGAAAGAAAGUUCCGUUAAUUUUUUUUUAUGGUUAAACCUGAACGAGGUAUUGCAAGGACCAAAAGCAAGGAAGAAGAGUAAUGAAAUAAGUAUUAUAAGAGGAUAUAGCAUAACUACACCGCAUAUAGAUUCAUGAUCAAAUCGGAGCGCGUCAUUGGUCGAUUCCGCCGCACGUCCGGGAAGUGAAAAUGAUACACGCCCAGGUGACGUCAUCCCGGUGUCGCUCGCUGCCGUGGGGUAGUUUUUUCUGGUAGCACCAAAAAUUCCCUCUGGAACCCGCCUCGUAGACAUGUAGUCUAUGGCAUGUUAUCUUUACGAAACCAGUCUGUUGUUGCAAUACUUGUUACUACUGCAGUAAAAACAUAUUAAAGAGUGUUGGCACGAUACUAUUUCAUGUAUGCUGUGACGAAGAAUAUGAAUUGUGCUGAAUAAAGAUGCAAAUUCUACGAAGGCCGCUAUCAAUAAGGCAGUCUUCAGGCUACUAAAAAGACAGUGAGGCUACUAAAUAUUAUUGAUGAGGUGUAGUAAAACA